UUCCUCAAAUUUCUUGGUUAUUUGUUAAGUUAGUCUUGAUUUGGGUGUUCUGGUAGAAAAUGUCUUUACAAGAUGUGUUUGGUAGUGAUUUAGAAGACAGUGACAAUGAGGAAUACAAAGCUUCCUCAGAGCAAGCAGAAAUAAAUGAUCUUUUCGGYGAGUCAGGUAGCGAAGAGGAAGAUGACAAACCACAGCCAACAAGAAAACUUGAUAGUGAAUCAGAAGACGAGGAAGAUAGAGAUGACUCUGCKGUGAACAGGGAUGAUGAAGACUUCGAAGAAAAGGACGAAGCAGAAGGAUCACCUGAGGAGGGUAAUCUAACACAUGCAAACUUGUUUGGAGAUGAACUUUCCUCGGAUGAAGAAAAGGAAAACCAAAGAGAUGUUCCUUCUCCAUYACAAAGAGAAGGCAGAACUGAAGAAGGGGAGGAAGAAGAGGAAGAAGAAACAAGGAUUGAUGUCACAAUUCCUUAUUGUCGUGUUCCUCUUGGAUCAGAAUUGUACUUUUCAAAACUACCCAACUUUUUAAGUGUUGAGACAAAACCUUUUGACUCAGCGCUAUAUGAAGAUGAUGUGGAAGAGGAUGAGAUUUUGGAUGAAGAGGGUAGAGCAAGACUUAAACUAAAGGUAGAAAACACAAUACGAUGGAGGUAUGGUAAAGACAGUGAUGGAAAUGAAAUCAAAGAAAGUAAUGGCAGGGUAGUACGCUGGUCUGAUGGCUCAUUGUCACUGCUUGUUGGUCAAGAAGUAUUUGAUAUUCAGAAAACUCAAGUAGAAGGAAACUUCAACCAUUUGUUUGUGCAGCAGGGUACUGGUUUACAAGGACAAGCUGUGUUUAAAGAAAAAAUAACRUUUAGACCAUACUCUACAGCCAGUCAGACCCACAGAAAGAUGACCCUAUCCAUUGCUGAUCGUGUUUCGAAAUCACAGAAAAUUCGCAUUCUACCAUCAGCUGGAAUAGAUCCUGAAGCCAAAAGAACYGAAUUGAUCAAGAGAGAGGAUGAAAAGCUAAGAGCUCAACUUCGUCUAGAUAAUCAGCAGAGAAGAAUGAGAGAGAGAAGUCAGGCAAAAGAACUGAGUGCACGAUACCUUGAAGGCGAUGAUGAAGAGGAAGAGCUUGAAGAGAGYUUACUCAAGAUUAAAAAGAAAUACAAGCAAGAGUUAGCAAGAGGUCCUUCUUAUUCAUCUGAUGAUGGUGAAGGAGAAGCCUUAGAUGUUGGUGGACUUGAAAGUGAUGAUGAAGAAGAAAACGAAGAAAAACUUAUCAAUGCCAAGAAAGGAGUAGAUGUUGAAGAAAACAAUGAAGAAAUAUCUCCCAGAAAACGCCUAAGUAGUGAUGGAAGUACAAAGAAAGAGAAAAAGAARAGAAAAAAGAUUAUAGAAAGUAGUGAGGAGGAAAGUGAUUAGCAAAUGUUUUUUAUGUGCGUGAUAUGUAGUGUAGUAGCAAUUGUAAAUAUUGUAUUCUUUAUUUUAUUAAAAUGCACCAUGAACCA